GUGUUGACAUGGGGAGGGGGCCCGAUCCCGGCCCGACCCGGUCCGCGCCAGCCCCGCCCUCCCCCGCCUCCCCGGCGGGAAUCCCGCCGCCGCCCCGCCCCCGCUGCGCCCGCUCUUGCCGCCGGUUGUGCGCUUGCUCGGCGGUGGCGGCGACAGCGGCCGGGAAUGGCGGCUGUUUUGGAGCUGCUGUUGCAGGAGGAGGUAGCGGUCAGUGCUGUGGUGCGAUGGCUCCAGCAUGGCCCCGGUCACCGCCCAGCUGAGGAGAACCACAUCCAUGACAAAUUGUUAUCUCUCAGUUUGCUUCAGAAAGACUUUGUGCCUUUUCUUCUGAAUUUUUUAAGGGAGCAGACUAGCCAGAUCCUGACUAAUGGACCUUCUACUCCUGCUAAAACUCCUAAUUCCAAGGCCCACAGGAGCCAAAGGACAGGAUCAGAAAGGAGGGCAGGGCAUGCAACCAGCAGCCGAGUGCAGCUCUUUUCCCAAAGGACUUCAGUGACCACCUGCACAACAGAUACCAGCUUUUCUUCUCCUGCAGCAUCCAGUGGCUCCUCUUCCCUUUCUGGGUCAAACCUGUCUAGCCCUUGUGGUGACCUCCCAAGCAUGGUGUCCAGCAGCAGCCCAAGCUUUGGGUACAGCCCUGUGCUUAACCAUGGUGAAAAGCGGUCAUCUCAGAAGACCAGCCUGGGGAACUUCCUUACAGCUACACCUGAAGCCCUGCCAGCAAGACGAGGCCGAAGGAAAGGCAGCAGCUCAGUUGGUACUUCUGGCCGGCAGGCAGCUCGGGAUCUGGGGCGUUCCCUUGCUGAGGAAGAAGACAGAAAGAAUGACAGCAUUUCAUGGAGUGGAGGGAGGAGGAAGCGAAGUGAAGUUGCUUUUUUUUCUGCCAGAUCCCCACCCAGCCAGCUAAAUCUUAACAACUUGGAGGAGUUUCCACCUAUGGGUGCUGCUUCCAGCUGCACAAACAAAAGCAAACCAUCUCGGAGAAUCAACCCAACCCCAGUAAGUGCUGAGCGCCCCCUCUCAAAACCAAAGAUGUGUUUCACUUCUACACCUGUCAGCCAGUCUCCAGCUGCUCACUUUUCAUCUGGGUCAAGUCUUGAGGCCUUUAACACUGCCCAGGAAGGAAAUGUUACAUCUGUGAUAAGCAACAGCCUUCAAGAGGAGAGGGAGAUGCUGAAGAAAGAACGAUUCAAAUUGCUGCACCAGACGUCUUCUCCUGCGGGGAUAUAUCUUGAUCCUGGUACUCCUACUAAACCUAGCUACUCUCGCAGUGCGAGCCUUUCUGCUGAAAGCCAUCUGGUGACCUGUGCAAAUCCCACUAAAGUUUCCUGCAAGAAACAGUUGGAGUGUCUGGCACAGCUUUAUUCAUCAUGUAUAGCAGAAAACCUGGUACCAAAUAUUUUUCUGGAGCUCUUUUUUGUUCUGCAGCUCUUGACAUCCAAAGGCACUUCUGCUGCAGAGGAUGGAGAUGAUGACCUUGAGGACAAUGAAAGAAGUAAAGAUGCAUCAGGGAGACAGCAUUUCCGAAGUGUGCACAAUUGUGUUUAUUUUGCUGUUCAAGUCUUGGAUUAUCAGUAUGAAAUUAUUUCCCAUUUAGAAAAGGGGACGCUUAAGCUUUUAGCUGAAAAUGAACGGAUUGCAUCUUUUUCUCCCACCUUGCACGAGAGGCUCAGGCAGGCUUAUGAAAGCAGUACAGCUAAGGUGUCUCUCCUCCUGCCAUGCUCUGUACAGUCUGUUUCUUUCCAGCCAGAAACUGACAAUCGGUCUAACUUUCCCAGUGACAGAGCAUUUCACAUAUUUAAGAAACAAAGGGAUAUAUUUUAUGAACUGCUGCGUGAAUGGGAAGAUAACCAUGAAAAAACUGGCUGGGACUUUGAAAGAAUUCUAGGCAACAAGAUCAGGGCCAUGAUGGCUCACUUAUCUGCAACCUGCAACUACAGCCAUUUUGCCAGGCUCUUUCAGAAACAGCUUAUUCAGAUGUGUAAAGGUCCUACUGGUGGUGGUGCAAGCUGGGGAGACACCCCAGACCAGGAUGUCCUUAAUAUGCUGGGUUCCGACAAUCUGAGCCGUUUGAAGAGGCUGCAGGAAAGAUUUGUUGUUCCUCAGAGCAUCAGAGGACCUUGUCCACCCCCUUCAUUUCCAGGGUGCCAGCAGUUCUUCAGGGAUUUCAUCCUCAGUGCAGGAAGUUACCAGUUCAACCAGCACCUGAUGGACAGCCUGUGCCUGAAGAUACUGGAGCUGAAUGGCCUUUCUGUGGUGGAGCAUGAGCACAGGGAUGGAGAAGCAGAUAUGGAUGAACAGGAUGAAAAGAAGCGUUUCACUGUGAUCCUGUUAAGCCUACGACUUCUUGCCAAGUUCCUGGGGUUUAUUGUUUUCUUGCCCUAUCGCACUGUGGAGCAACCAACUAGAGACUUGCAAGACUCUGCAGUAGCACUAAGAAACCAAAGCCUGCCUAUACUGGAUGUAUUGAAGCUUCUGAGACAAUCUAUUCGGGAUCAACGUUCUAUCCUCACUGUUCCUUGGAUUGUGGAGUACCUUUCCCUUGUGGACCAUGUGGCACCUUUCCUUGAUUACUACAGGAAAGUAUUUUAUCUUUUGCUGCAGAUAUACAGGUUAAUGGUCCUUUCUGAAGAUAAGGAGAUGAGUUUUCUGAACAAGCUGUUGAUCCUUGCAGUUCUGGGUUGGCUUUUCCAGGUUCCGUCAGUCCCUGAAGAAUUGUUUUUUACCUCUGAUGUAAGGCAGGAGGGAUUGGUGAUGGAUACUGUGACAUCUGCCCAGGCUUUGGACUCUGUGCCCUUGGUGGAUCAGCAGUUACUUUAUACCUGCUGCCCGUACCUUGGUGAGCUGCGGAAGCUACUUGCCUCUUUUGUGGCUGGCAGUGGAGCAAAAAAUGGUGGCUUUAUAAGGAAAAUCACUCCCACAGCUGCAGAGUCCUUGGCAUCCAAGGCUUCUGUCACACAGCGGAAACUGCAGGCAGAACUGGAACAGGCCUUCUUCCACAACCAGCCUCCCUCCCUCCGGAGAACAGUUGAGUUUGUGGCAGAAAGAGUGGGAUCCAACUGUGUUAAGCACAUCAAGGCCACACUGGUAGCAGAGCUGGUUCAAAGGGCUGAAGUCAUGUUGCAGGAUAAAGUGAAGGAGGAGAAUGCUAACCAUGACAAGCUGCUUGAAGAGGUGUGCGCUCAUCUGUAUGAGGAAGGCGCCCAGGCACUUGUCAAAGGCAGAGAAUUCUGCAAAAAGAAAGGUCCUGAGGCAGUGAGAGUGUUACUGCCAGAAGAGACAUCUGCUGCCGUUUUAAGUAGUGCAGAAGACAUUGCAGUGGAACUGGCUACUGAGAAAGCUUGUGGCUGGCUUUCUGCCAACAUUGCAGCACUCAUCAAAAGAGAAGUGAAGACAACCUUCAAUAGAAUGCUGAAAGUCCCAGGGCUUCCCUUGUCCAGCGAGGACGCUCUGGAGUUGAGAAGGGACUGCCCUCCAGGCUGCCAGCACUCUACUCCAUUUCCCUCCCAGAUUAUAAAUGAGAUUAAGGAUGUGCUCUGUGUUGCUGUGGGCCCACGGGACGAAGGUGAAAUGAUUGACUGCGUCUGUCUGGAGUGCUUGCUGGGAAGAUUGAGUCAGUGUCUUCGAUGCAGAAAGUUCAUGUGUCCCACAUCAGAACAGCAGCUGGCAAAGUGCACAGUUGAGUUGGCUUCUUUGCUGGUUUCAGAUCGUGUUCCUCUGAGUCUCACAAUCAAGUUCCCGGAGAAGAGCUCCGAGAGGCUGCGUGUAAAUAGUAAUCCCACAUAUGGCCUUCUAAAACUGCUGCUUUCCAUCUGGAAGGAGGACUUUGGGAUACCUGUUCCUGUGCAGCUGAUGUUCAGCAAGAAGAACAUGGGUUAUCUUGCAGAGGUUGAGAAGCGAGAGUGGGAUUUGUUCCUUUUCAUGCUUCAUGGUCUUGUAGAACAUGAACUAAUGAGGACUAGUGAAAUAAAGAGUUGCUUGCAUAGCCUUGAGGAACAUCCUUGGCCCUCAGAUUUCUUGGAAGAACUGGAAGUGCUGUCCAGAAGAUUUGUUACAGAACAUCACAGAGAAGAGCCCAGGACUAACCGGUGUGAACUGCCCAGACAAUCUCUGGGUACUGUGGCAGCACAAAGUUAGUGAAGGUGAACUCUCUGGUGUCUAAAAUCACUGAUGAAGACACAACAGAAUUUUCAGUGUUCCUGAAUGCAGUGCAAGCUAUUUGCUGGGAGCUCACUGCAGAGAAGAGGUCACUUUGUGCAAAAUCUGCACUGGUUCAUGGAUAUUUUGCCAUGGUGGCUAUGCUGAAGGAUGUUAAAUCAGCAAGUGGGUCUCUACGUUUAAAAAAUAAGUCCUUUAAGCACCUUGAUCAUGGCUCAGAGCAAUCAUUUUUCAGACUCAUAAACAUUUGGUGUAUUUGUGCAGCAAUAGGCUGCACCCGAACCCAGGAGUCGGCUCAAGUGGACACAUAACUUCAUGAUCACAGAGGUGGCUUCCUGGUAGCUGCCUCAUCUCUUAAUGUGAUUCCUAAUGCUGUCUUUUAACAGGGGAAGGAAAAGGUGAACCUCUGUGACACCAAGAUGAGCCUUUAUUUAUUUUUCAUUGUAAGCUCGAUUUUGAAGGUUUGGUUUUAAUAUUUUUAAACUUCUUUUGAAAGUUAAACUGUGUUAAAUAUAAACAGCAGAAGGCUAAUGGCAUUAUUCUCAAAUAACAGAUGCAUCUCUCAUUGGAAACAGAAUUUGUAAUUAUUUCCCAAGGUUUUUAACAGAAAAUAGCUGUUUAUAUUUUGUACUGGAGACAGUAUUUUUUAAGACACUUUCAUAGUUUGUGAAGAUGAGUGACAUCUGGCUGUUACGGUGUUUGAUAAUCCCUCUUGCCUUGAGUUUGGGUUUUAUCAGACAGGAAGUGCUGCAGCAAGAAAACUACAGCCUGGAGGAUCAGACAUAAUGGUAGUGCAGAAGCACUGUGACAUCCCCUGGAGAGCUGCUUGUGAAAGGAAUCCUUUUCGUGGAGGACAGUGAGUGUGACCUCCCAUUCACCUCACCACACCUUACCUUAAAUUGGGGUUUGUGGUGGGGACUAUUGGUGGCUAGCAGAGUUUGAUUAGAUGUUCGUUAGUGAUCUUACAGGGAUUUUACCCUCCCUGUAGGAGUGAGGACGUUGUUUCCUUGUGUCUAGGAGCGUCCUGUUAGUGCAGGGUGUUCAUCAGAAAGAAAAUGCCCUGUUUGGCCAGAACAUCUGGACAAGGUGAAGCCCAAAGCUUUUAAAUUUGCUAAUUAACUUACCUCUUCCUUGUGUAAGGUGAGAAAAGUAAACCUGUGGGCGUCAGUGAUUUGGGAAAACCCACAAACAGACCUGCUUGGGUAGAACUAUUAAACUAUAGCUGCUGGAGAGGGAGAAACUUCAGUGCCUGAACUGUACUGAGGGUUUUCUUGACAUGGUUACUAAGCGCUGCAGUGCGAUUUGGCAGCUGCAUGCUCCAUCUUAGGGGUUUUCUGAUGUGCUUGAAGAAGAGGGUCCCCAGAAGCAGGCAUAUGGUGUAUGCAGCAAGGACAGGGUAAAGCAAACAGAAGUAGCAAGUACACCCCAUCCUAACCACACCUGCUUCCCAGGGCUGAGUACUGUGUCACGUUUUGCUGCAGAGCUCAUCUGGAGUUGUCAUUCAUCAUAAUAAACAUGAUUCAAUGUC